AUGAAGCGGAAGGGUUCCUCAUCCUCGUCUUUGUUGUCGCCAUCGUCAAAGAAGAACAAAGAUAUUGGUAGCUUUUUCAAGCAGGAUCCCGCAGCCAAUAAAUUUAUAAUGCCGAAAUUCGAUAAAACCAUGACCAGAAAAGCCGCAAGAGCGACAAAUAAAUGGGUUGGAGCCCAUCUUGGGAUCUCUGGUGGGAUUCACAAGUCCAUCACUUCUAGCUGCUGUAUCGAAGCCAAUGCAGUUGCUUUGUUUGUACGGUCUCAGAGAAGAUGGACAUCUCCUGCACUUGCCCCAGAAGCCAUUUCGGAAUUUGGAAAAGUUCUUAAUGAAACCUCCUUUAUGAUUCCGGAUGAGGACAAGCCUCAAAUUUUGCCACACGGAUCCUAUUUGAUUAAUCUGGGAAAUCCAGACCCAAAAAAACGCAAGGCAAGCUAUUUGGGCUUUCUUGAUGAACUGAAGCGAUGUGAAGCGCUUAACAUUAAAUUGUACAAUUUUCAUCCAGGCUCGACUUGCGGAGAAUGCUCAAAAAGCGAGUCGAUUGAAUUUAUUGCCGAGUCGAUCAACAUGGCACAUAAAGAAACCUCCUUUGUAAAGAUCUUGCUUGAAAACAUGGCAGGCCAGGGGAAUGUAAUUGGAUCUGCAUUUGAAGAGUUAGCUGCUAUCAUUGAAAGGGUUGUCCAGAAAGAUCGGAUCGGUGUUUGCCUGGAUACAUGCCAUGCCUUCUCGGCUGGAUAUGACAUUAGGACGCCUGAGGGUUGGGAAAUCGUUUUGGAGAAAUUUGAUAGGCUGAUUGGAAUUAACCCUUUCCUUUCAGCGCUCCAUCUUAAUGACUCCAAAGGCCCACUUGGCUGCAAAAAGGACCGCCACGAGAAUAUUGGAAUGGGACACAUUGGGAUUGAAUGCUUCAAGUUUAUUAUGAGGGAUCCUCGGUUUGACAAGAUCCCGUUGAUUCUGGAGACGCCACUCAAGGAUGAAGACAAUGGCACGUAUAAAACGUACGCGGAUGAAAUCCAGCUUCUAUACUCAUUUACGGACAGUAAUACAUGA